GUAAAAACAAAUCCAAUGUGACAUUUAGGUUUUAAAAAUUAAUUGUUUAAAAAUCAGUGUUGAUACUUAAAUAAUGAUUAAAUUUCUCUUAAAUUAUUAAUGAAAGUAUUUAAUUUGUAAUACGUAUAAUUGUUAGUUUCUAACAACGUGACACCAUGGAUGAGUUCGAUGAAUUUUAUACAAAGUUACAAGCAUUUUUAAUGAGUAAAAACUCAGAAUGCGGGGAAUUGAAGUUAAUAUCAUCAAAAAUAACCGAAGAAAAUGCUCGGCAUGUCGAAGGAAUUUGUAAUGGAAUCAAAAAAAUUUUUGAAUCUUUUGGAAUUUUUUUCAACAAAGAUGCAUCAACAAUAAACGAAAAAUGUGUAAGAGCAUAUGAAUAUUUAAUUUUUAAUACAUGUUUUACAUGUCAAGAACAAUUAGCUGAAGAUAUUGUUAAAGGUCAUCUAGUAGAUAUGUGUCCACCACUAUCUCCUUUUCUUUUAUUAACGAUUCUGUAUGAUCUUCAUUUCGAUGAUAUUUUAGCUGAAUCUAUUCUUCAUUUUCCACUAGAAUUAUGUACUGAAAUCAAUUCAACUGUCUAUAGAUAUCUAAAUUUGAUGAGUCUUCAUCGUGCUAAAAAAUUAACUACUAAUUUAAUUUUAAAUUCCUGUCAAAAAUUAAUGCUUAUGAAAAACAAUAAUGUACAAUGUUUAGAAAUGGGUCUUGGUUUACAUUAUUUUUGUACAAGUAUUGAAGAACUUAUAACUAUUUUUAAAGAGAAAAAAAUAAUGCAGUUACAUGUAGAUGAUGAAACGCCAAAACUAAAGAAAACAGAAGAAUUGGGAUGGUUUAUUAAAGAUUUAAUCAAGCUUUGUGAAUGUUGCCAUGAAUAUGGAGAAAAAAGCAUAACUGUUAACGAAGAGAAUGAAAAAUUGUAUAAGUUAACAUUUGGUAGAAAUUCUGAAGAAAAAUGUGAUUCAGAAAUUUUAAAAAACCAAAUAACAUUAAUUAAUACACAAUUAUUAAAUUUGUUAGCACUUAAUCUCGAAGAGAUUGAUGUCAAUUCUUAUCUAGAUUGGGCUUCCUAUGAGACAUCUUCAUCAUUAUCUCUUCAACAAUCAAUUGGAAUUGAUUGUUACAAUCUUUUGAAUAUAUUAAAUAAAAAUGACAACGCAAACUGCAGUGAAAUGCUUAUAAAUUGUCUGAGACAGUUAUCGAGUAAACCGAAAGACGUAGUAGACUCAACUCUAACGGACUUGUGUCAAGGAAUCGAAGCUGGUAAACGUGAGUGUAUGAAGCAAUUAAUGACACAUAAAGACGAAUGGAAUAGUACAAUUUUUGAAUGCAUUAAACAACAUUAUUCAAUGUUAGAUAAAAAUGAUCUCUGUACUAUUUUAGACUAUCUUGUCACAAUAAUUGCUGAUCCAAAUCUAGAAGCAUACAUUCAAGAAGUUUACACUACAGUUACUAGAGUUUUUAUGAGUUUGAAUAUUGCAGAUGUUUAUGAUGUAACUUUAGGAUUUAUUUUAAAAUACGACGCUAAAAAUAUUCUUGAGUCGGUUCAUACUGAAGAAAUGUUCAAUAAUUUUAUCAUACGUAAUGCAAAUUUGAAAAAUAUGACUAAUUUGAAAAUGGUAUUACUUUUCUUGAUGAAAAAUCCAAAUAAAUUUCUUAGUUUACUCGUCAAGAUGUGUAUUGGUCAUCCUGACUAUAAAAACGUUAUGAUACCUCCGGAAGAUAUAUUUUUAUUAUCUUCAAUUAUGAAAAUCCAAUGUGAUGAAAACGGUGUUAAAUUUAUUUUAAGAGUAUUAAAAGAAAUAGGACUAGAAGUAACGUCGUGGGAGUUUAAAAAGUUUCAUAAACUUAUUAUGACGAUGAUUGAAGAAAAUUUGUUCACUGCUGAUGAAAUUUUAAAUAUCGUUUUUAUUCCUAUGUUAAACGAAACAUAUAUUCCACUAUCAUCUGUUAAAUCAGCACUGUAUGCUAUUAUUAAAUUAUUUCCACAACUUUCUGAUGAACUUGAAGAAGAUGCUUUUAUGAUGGCUUUAGCUAAAAGAAUAACUAAUCAAAGAAAAAAUUGUCAAUUUCCUAAACAUUUAAAUGAUGAGCUAUUGAUGAUGGCUACUAAAAUUGUGAAAUCAUAUUUACAUCAUCACACAGAGUGGAUAGAAAAACGAGAAAGUGAAACAACUAUUUUAGAAAUUUUAAAAAUAAUUUAUCCUAUUGAUCAAAUUUAUUUUUCACAGUUGCUUAAUUUCAAUCGACCUCCUAACAUCAUAGACAUAAUGAGUGAUUACCUCAGGCGAACUACAGGAGCCUUAUUGCUAAUUAAUGAUGUGAAAGAGCCUCUAAUUGAUCCAAACAUUCUUUCUGAUGAUUUUAAACUUCAUUUAAUCCUAAAUUGUAGUAGUAAAGAGUAUAUACGAAUUGCUAAAGAAAUGACUGUCGUUCAUUGGGAUCAUUUUAUGGAAAAUCCUUCAGAAACUGAUGAAAAUGAUGCAUUUAUUAAAUUUAUAAAACUUACAACAGUAGCUUUUCAAUAUUGUCUAGAAUCAUCCGAACUAAUUGCUCCACAGUCAUUUUCUUGUUUAAUAAAAUCAUUUGUUGAUUUUAUGAAGGAUGUAUUACAAUUGAAAAAUAAAUGGAAUUAUGAAAAAAUAAUGAAAUGUUGUAAGGAAAGUUUUCAGAGCCUAAGUUCUAGUAUCAAAGAGACUGAUUAUGAGAAUUACUACAAAGAGUUAAUAGACUUUAUGAACACCAUUACCAGUGAACAAACAGAUUUAGAAUCUUUACUCAAUGUUAUCGCGGCUGUAGAUAAUUUUGGAAACCUGUGCUUACAAAUAUCAACAGAAUUAAAAUCAAGAAAAAUCAAUGACGAAAUAACAAAGCAUUUAAUGCAUCAAGAAAUAAUUAGUAUCUCUCUAAAUUAUUCCAUAGAACAAGCGCAUACUAUUGUAACGAUAAUCAAUAAAUUACAGUCAAAAAAUUAAAAUUAUUGUAUUUUUUAAUGAUUAAAGUUCAUAUUAAUGAAUCAUAUUUGUUAAUGAAUGUGAUAAGUAUAUGAAAAAUAGCUAUCACAUUAUUUGUUAGUUCAGCCUUAUCUUUUUUAGCUCAUUCAUUAACUCUUCUUUUGUCAUGAGU